UCAGUGAUCCUGCAGAGUCCUGUCCUCCCUGUGAUGGAGGGAGAUGACGUCACUCUGCUCUGUAAAACAAAGACCACUCCCUCCAACCUCCCAGCUGCUUUCUAUAAAGAUGGCUCCCUCAUCAGGAAGCAGCCUACAGGUCACAUGACCAUCCAGCAUGUUUCCAGGUCUGAUGAAGGCCUCUACAAGUGUGACAUCAGCGGUCAUGGAGAGUCUCCAUCCAGCUGGAUCACUGUCACAGACAAACACACCACCACACCUCCACCUACAUCCACACCGACACCAGUCUCCAUUAUUACCUCUCCUCCUGAUUCAUUCUUGCUUCUCCCUGUGUUGUUGCCUGUUGGAUCAGUGUGUGUUGUGGUUCUGCUGGUGUUAGUGGUUCUGUUGCUGAGACAACGUGUUUGUAGGAAGUCUGCAGUUGAUUUGGAAAAUGUUGAAGACGGCCUCAUAUACAGUGAUCUCAAAGAAUUACAUCACCAACAACAGUCAGUUAAAGUCAACACAGGGAGUGAUUCAGCUGUAGUCUACACAGCAGUGAGAACUGAAGACAUCAGUUAUGAACAAACAGAAAUCCGAUCAAACAGACCUGGAGACUUUGUACAAGAGCCAGAUGUUUACUCCUUACUGAAGUAACCCACCAGUCCAACCACUGGAACCAGCUGCUGGUCUCAAACGUUUUAAAAAUCAUUAUAUUGUAUGUUCAAAAGCAUGUUGUCCUCAACCUGCUCUUAACUGUCUUAUGAUGGCCAUAUUGGCAAUAUCUCUUCCAUAAUAUAGAAAUGAUACUAUGUAUUUUAUAAAUAAUGCAUAAUGCACUGUCUUUAAUAUUUUUACUG